ACGUACUUCCUGUUUUCACGAGAGCGUCGUUCAGCAAACAUGGCGGCCUCCAAUGGGAGAACCGUGGGAUCUUUUCUCUGGAAAUGCGGCAAUUGCUGCUACAAUUUUAACACAGUCUCGUCAAAUUUAACACGCCAGGUGCUGUCCAGACAGCUAUGUGUGAGCUCUGUGCUCCACAGGAAGAACCUGGCUGCAGCAGGCCCAGAGAAGUUCUCAGAGGAGUUCAUCAAGAAGCAGGUGGAGGAGUUCAACAUCGGGAAGAGACAUCUAGCCAACAUGAUGGGAGAGGACCCUGAGACCUUCACUCAGGGGGACAUUGAUAGAAGCAUUGCAUACCUGUUCCCCUCCGGCCUGUUUGACAACAAAGCCAAACCACUAAUGAAGCAUCCGGAUGAAGUGUUUCCAAAACAGAGAGCUGUCCAAUGGGGUGCAGAUGGACGACCAUUCCACUUUCUGUUCUACACAGGAAAGCAGUCCUACUACUCUCUAAUGCACGACACCUCCACUAAAGCCCUGGCAGUAGAGAAGCAACAGGACCGUCUGAGAGGAAAGGGUCUCUUCACCCAGGACACCAAGCAGAUUUCUCUGGUGGGUAGUCGGUGGUUGCUGAAAGAAGAGCUGGAGGAGUUGUUGGUGGAGACCAUCUCAGAUCACGAUUAUGCACGGUUCAUCCAGCUGAUGGAGAGGUUGCUGUCUCUGCCCUACUGCUCUGUGGAGGAGGACUUUGUCCAGCGGUACCGCAGACAGCUGGAGAUCCAGUCCUCCAAGCAGCAGGUCCAGCCACUACAGAACGACCAGCACGGAGUGGCAUACAGCACCGGAGAUGGCAGGAGGAAGACUGCUACAGCUACUGUCCUGCUGAGAGAUAGUGGCUCAGGAUCCAUCAGCAUCAACGGAACAAACUAUGUCCACUACUUCCCUGUCCUGCAAGACCGGGAGCAGUUGAUGUUCCCCCUCCACUUCAUGGGGGUGCUGGGGAGGUUUGACAUGCAGUGCAGUGUGAGUGGCGGGGGCCAUUCCAGCCAGGCGGGGGCGCUACGCCUCGCCAUCUCCCGCGCCAUGCUCAGCUUCCUGUCUGAGGGACAGGUGGAGACCAUGAGACAAGCUGGGCUGCUGACCCCUGACCCCAGAAUAAAGGAGAGGAAGAAGCCGGGCCAGGAGGGAGCGAGGAGGAAGUUCACCUGGAAGAAACGCUGAGGUAGAGGAGAGAAUGGAACUGGACAGUGAGAAUGGUCCUGGCUCACAGAGCUCUGUCUAUUUUAGGACAAGCUGUCAGACUGCCAGAACACAGGGAAAUCACAGCAACAUCUUAAUCAACAUUAUCUUCCUCUGAGGGCAGAACUGUUAUUAGUAAGUGGACAAAUUGUUCAUCCAACCCCUAUUUUAGCUUUUUGUAUGUCCCCUAAAGGUGUUUUAGAUCUGGGAAAUAGCCAUCAAGUAGAUGACUCAAAUACCUGUACAAAUGCAAAGGGGUUCUGUCCAUGUGAGGGCGGAAUUCCCAACUCCAUAUAGGCUGUAAUGUGUUUUCUCAGCCACCAGAGGGCCAUCUCUGACAACACACCUGUCCAUUGACUGUCUUUGUCUGUAUAUUGGAAAUAAAAUGUUGUUUUUCAUAUA